UCCGUUUCUGGUUUUGCUACAGUGUUUGGGAUUCUUCGCGGCCGCCCAAGAUGAACCGAUUCUUCGGAAAAGCCAAGCCGAAGGCUCCGCCUCCCAGCCUGACUGACUGCAUUGGCACGGUGGAUAGCCGCGCAGAACCUAUUGACAAAAAGAUUUCUCGACUGGAUGCGGAACUAGUGAAAUACAAGGAUCAGAUCAAGAAGAUGCGGGAGGGCCCUGCAAAGAAUAUGGUCAAGCAGAAAGCCUUGCGGGUCUUAAAACAAAAGCGAAUGUACGAGCAGCAGCGGGACAACCUUGCUCAACAGUCGUUUAACAUGGAACAAGCCAAUUACACCAUCCAGUCACUGAAGGACACCAAGACCACGGUUGAUGCUAUGAAACUAGGAGUAAAAGAAAUGAAGAAAGCAUACAAGCAAGUAAAAAUCGACCAGAUUGAGGAUCUGCAAGACCAGCUAGAGGAUAUGAUGGAAGAUGCGAAUGAAAUCCAAGAAGCACUGAGUCGUAGUUAUGGCACCCCAGAGCUAGACGAAGAUGACCUAGAAGCAGAAUUGGACGCACUGGGUGAUGAGCUUCUGGCUGAUGAAGACAACUCAUAUUUGGACGAGGCAGCAUCUGCACCUGCCAUUCCUGAAGGCGUGCCCACUGACACAAAGAAUAAGGAUGGAGUGUUGGUGGAUGAAUUUGGAUUGCCACAGAUCCCUGCUUCAUAGACGUCCACCAUUCAAAUACAUCAUGUAAAAUAAAUAUGUUUUCUGGGGACUGGGAAAUAGCUUUCCAAAUUUACCAUAACAAAUUUCAGUUUCUUUCUUUCAGGGAAAGUUCAUUACAUUGCUUUUUCCCUGUAAGACCCUCAUUGCUGGGGGAUACUUUCUUUGUACUAAAUUUGUAUUCCUUUUCUCUUAAGAAAGAUUAACUUUAAAAAAAUCAGUGGCUGUGUCAAGACUUGUUUUCACUUGCUAAUAAUUUGAAAUAAAAUGAAGGAAAUGGGAAUCUUUACAUUUUCUGAAAAUGUUAACUGCACAACCUCAAAAUGUUGCUAAGACAAGAUAAGAGCAUCAGAGCUGUGUAUAUUGUGAUUCAAAACCAUUUUCUCUUAGCCUUGUAGGUGGGUGAGCAGGUUGACCUUUUUUGAUGGGUAUUGUGUCUUGUAUCAUUACUGUGUCUGGUGUUGGAAUGGAAGUCUUACUGCUGUUUCAUGAGUGGGUACUUUGAUUCUAUGGUUCCUUCAGUAUUACAGCCUGACUUGUAAUCAACAAUGAGUAUUUCUUGAUAUUUAAUGUGUAUACGACAUUUAUUUAUACUUAAUAAAUAUUUUUCAAAAGGA